AUGUCCAUCCAGAUCGUCAACGCCCUCUACGCCUUCGGGCGGUACCAGUACGUCUCGCUCAAAUUCGUCAACGCCAUGAUCGAGGAGACGAGGCGCCGCAACCUGCUGGAAGAGAUGGAACCCGCGAGCCUCGCGACGUUGGCGAGCCCUGCCGGGAGGUAG